UAUUAUAUGGCCUGGAAUUUCCCUUUUAGUGCCCAUCUAUCUCUUUCAAUUGCUAGCCAUUCAUUUAGCUUCUUACCUUAUCCCAUUUCAUCCCAAUACAAAAGUAGCCUUUGCUUCUUCUCCACCUGUUUCCAACUUCUUCCAGUCCAAGGCACAGUAGAAAAAUGGCAACAACAGCAGCUACCUUCACUCCAGCAAGAAUCAAUGGUGCAGCUGUCAGUUUUGGCAACAAGCCCCAGAAGAGAAUGGACAAGGUGGUGUACAUAAGAGGACUGAAUUCCUUUGGAGGUCUCAAGGCCCACAACAGUGUCGUCUCUCUUGGCAUGCCAGUAUGUACUGAGCAAUGCUUUGCAAAUUUUGUUAGCUCAAUCAAAGCAGCAGCAGCAGCAUCAAAUGGAAAAGGAAAAGGCGGAGGUGCGCUUUCCUCUAAAUGCAGUAAGAUUGGGGAGAUAUUCCAAAUUGCCGCUAUUAUGAAUGGCCUUGUUUUGGUUGGAGUAGCUAUCGGAUUUGUACUUCUCCGAAUUGAAGCUUUUGUCGAGGAAUCUGAGUAAAGCCCUUCUGUUAAACUGUAAAAUUAAGCACCCUGUUGCUAGACAAUUGUUCUUCUAUCAAUUUCUUUCAUUUACUUUAGAACCAAAUUGUUUUCGGAUGUAUAAACAAUGCCUUCAUGAGUUCAUGUGUAAUUUGUACUAGAAGGUAAUAAAUUUCAUCCUUCAUUUUAAA